GUAGCAACCUGUGGUGCAACAGAAUGAUUUCACUUUCUAUUCUGGUGAAUCGAGACGAAAAUAUCAAGUCAGACUUUUAAACUUCUUCUUCUUCUCCUGAGGAUCAUCACUGAAGGGUUUCUGUCGAUGGAGAACAACGAGGAGGCAACACGCACCUGCGACAAGUGCCACAAAGAGGUUGCAGAAGCCAACUUCGCUCUGCAUGAAACACACUGCAGACGCUUCUUAUGUCUCUGUCCUGACUGUGAGGAAUACGUUCCCAGAGAGCAACUGAACGAACACAGAGAGACACAGCACACCCUGGUGAGGUGCUCCAAGUGUAACCAGAAGAUGGAACGCUGUCAACUAACGGAUCAUGAGUCCGAUGAGUGCGUGGAGCGUCUGCAGUGCUGUCAGUUCUGCGAGCUGGAGCUGCCGGUGAAGGAGCUGGACGAACACUGUCUGGCCUGCGGAAGUCGAACUGAACUCUGCAGGGAGUGCGGCCGCUACGUCACCCUGAAGGACCAGCCCGAGCAUGACUUGACCUGCUCAGCUGCUGACGAUGACUCAGGUCCUCCUCAGACUACCAGCAAACUACCACCAAACAACACAACAACAACAGCGAGUUGUAGCAGAUGUAUGGUGUCAUUACCAGCUGAGGAGAUAGAAGAACAUGAGCUGAAGUGUGUUCCAGCGAGCAGGUUGGACGAUGAAGAGGCCGCGCCAGAGGAGGAAGAGAGCAAGGAAGAGGGCGAGGAUGAGGGUGAUUUCUCCGAGCAGGUGGCCACUCCUCGGCUAAGCAGCACCUAUAAGGCGAUGUCCCUGUCAAACGGACCCAGCAGAGGUCCCUGGGUCAAUGGAGUUGACCCAGACCAGAUCAGCACCUGCCCCCACUGUCACCUGGCCCUGCCCGUCUUCACACUACGUUGGCAUCAGGUGAAGUGCCAAAUCCUCAUUCACCUGAAAUAAAGGGAGAGAUGUCCUCUGAAUGGAUAAGCUGCUUCAGAGAGCUUUGAUCAAUACGUAUUUAGCAAAGGGAGGGAAGACAAGUAUUUGGGCUGUUCAAAUGUAAUUUCAUCAUUGGCCUACUUUAGAGUAUUUUCUUUAUGUUUAUAUGAAGGCUUAAAUUUGGGUUUUUAGUUUUAGUUAGUGUGUGCAUGACUUUGUGCUUGCAUAAGAGAAAGUGGCUCAGAGACUCUGUAUCUAAGUUAACUUGACACGCCUGAUAACUUUGUAAUGUUCCUUUUGUUAAUUACAAAUACUGAUACUAAACUGUAAUGCUAAUUACCUCUGUUUAAACCAGUAAAUAUUAUGUUUUGAGUCAGAAACAUCAUAUGGAGCAAUUUUCACAGUAAUUAAUGUUAAAAAAAAAAGUCUCCGUUAACAAUAAAAGGUUUA